AUGCUAAUAGAAUUUCAUAGAAAGAUUGACGUCGACAUGUAUUUGUAUCUUUAUUUCCUGAGGACAAGUAUAAAUACACUGUUUAGUGAUAGUAUUGUCAGCCACUGGAAAGUUGAACGAGCAAUAUACCUUACAAUGGCCACUCUAAAACUCGCGUUGCUUUUGUUUAUUUUUGUCUUGAUUGGUUUGGAAACUUCGGAGUCUAAUGCAUCUCGAUAUUCUGGGGUCAAAGGUGCAUAUUGGCCUUCCUGGUUGGCAGAAAAUCUCCCUCCAUCAGCUAUACCAACUCCAUACUUCAAUCGCCUCAUAUAUGCCUUUGUCCAGUUUGAUGCAGAGAAUUACCAGCUUUCAGUCACUGAAUUUGAUGAACAAUGGAUGGGAAACUUCACAGCCACAAUUCACACAAGAAAUCCACCAGCAAAGGCCUUCUUAUGUAUAGGUGGUGGAGCAACAAAUACUUCCCUUUUCUCCAACAUGGUGAGCAAUCAAAACAGCCAUGCCACAUUCAUUCGCUCCACCAUUUCUGUAGCUAGACAGUAUGGAUUUGAUGGUUUAGAUCUCGAUUGGGAAUUUCCAUCUAACCAGCAAGACAUGAUAAACCUGGCAUCCCUUUUCCAAGAAUGGCGUUCAGCAGUAGAGGAUGACUCAAUUGCUUCAGGCAAACGUCGACUUCUUCUAUCAGCAGCUGUUUACUUUUCUGCUGAUGUGCUCUUGGACAAUGUUGCUCGUACUUAUCCUGUUGAUGCCAUCAGAGAAUACGUUGACUCUGUAAAUCCUAUGUGCUUUGAUUACCAUGGUGGUUGGGACACAUCAAAAACAGGUGCUCAUGCAUUGCUUUAUGAUAAAACCAGCAACGUUAGCACGAGCUAUGGAAUUUCUACAUGGAAAGCAGAUGGAGUGCCGUCAAGAAAGCUAGUCAUGGGAAUGCCGGUGUAUGGGAGGACAUGGGAAUUGGAGGAUGCAAAUGAUCAUGGAAUUGGAGCUCCAGCAGUAGGAAUAGGCCCUGGAGAUCAAGGGGUUAUGUUGUAUAAAGAUAUAGUGGGUUUCAACAUAAAAAAUAAUGCCACUGUGGUUUAUGAUCCUGAAACAGUAUCAACCUAUGCUUAUGCUGGAACCAAUUGGAUAGGGUAUGAUGACCCUAGGUCGAUUCGAAGGAAGAUCAGGUUUGCCAAGGCUCAGGGUCUUGGGGGAUAUUUCUUCUGGGCACUUGGUUAUGAUGAGAACUGGACUCUUGCCAGAGCUGCUUCUAUGGCAUGGGACAGCAAAUAUGAUUGA